UCUAUAAAGAGUGCCCACGGCUGCCGGGGGCAGAGCAGCUGAGUGCAGAGCCACAUCCUGACAGUGCUGGCCGACAUCAUGAGGACGCUCACUCUGCUCACCCUGCUGGCUCUGUCCGCACUCUGCCUCUCUGGCCCAGCAGGUGCGAAGCCCAGUAGCCAGGAGUCUGACAAAGGUGCAGCCUUCAUGUCUAAGCAGGAGGGAAGCGAGGUAGUAAAGAGACUCCGGCGCUACGUGGACCAAGGGCAAGGGCAGGGAGUGCCAGAUCCCCUAGAGCCCCAGAGGGAGGUUUGCGAGCUCAACCCCAACUGUGACGAGCUGGCGGAUCACAUCGGCUUCCAGGAUGCCUACCAGCGUUUCUACGGCACCACUGCCUAGGGUGUGCGAUGCCCUGGGACCACGCGGCAUGCUGGCAGGACUCACCCUCCCUGUCUCCCUCUCUGCCCUGCACACGUGGGCAGCACAUGUGCCCCACAAUAAAGUCUAGAGGAAGAA